AUGUCUUCUUCCACAUCAUCCACAUCAUUCUCACCAUCCACAUCAUCAACCACAUCCACCACAUCCACCCAUUCCAUAACCUCCACCAGCGCCCUAAUAAUAAUCGACGUACAAAACGAAUUCCUCUCCCCCUCCGGCAACUUCCCCAUCUCCCCCACCAUCCGACCCACCCUCCUCACCAACCUACAAUCCCUAAUCCCCCGCUUCCGCUCCAAAAACGGCCACAUCAUCUGGAUCCAAGCCACCUACGCCAACCGCACCGACGAACCACCCAGUAUGGCCGCACAAGAUAAAGGCCCCCUCGUCGUCGGUUCCAACGAAUGGCUCGUUGCCGCAACCCACGUGCAUCCCACGCCAUGCUGUGAAGCCGAAACAUGGGGUGCAGAAAUCUACCCUGAGAUCCUUGCGCUUGCGAAACCGGAGGACGAGGUGGUGGUUAAGCAGGGGUAUUCUGCAUUUUGGGGCGGGAAUAAGGGGUUGGAAGAGGCGCUGGAGGAGAAGGGGGUGAGGGAUGCGUAUUUUUGUGGGGUGGCGAGUGGGACUUGUGUGUUGGCUACGAUUUGCGAUACGGUUGCUAAGACGAGGGUGGAGGUGCACGCUGUGCCGGAUUGUAUGGGGUGGAGGAGGGAGAAUACGCAUGUGGAGGCUUUGAAGAGGUUUGAGGAAUUGGGGGUGGAUAUUGUGAUGAGUGGUCAGCUCUGAGUGAGGGGUGUGCAAAACGGUGCAUCUUUGCUAGUCCAACGACGCUACAGUCUCGAGUUUUUGACUUCGGUCCUCUGGUUGCAAUAUACUGUUCUACGGACGAGUCCAGCUUGGUGCAGGAAGGAGCUUAAAGCGUGGAUUUGAUGUGAGCAUGCUGAUCUCGUUUUGAACCAAUGAGAGAAAGCUAUUGCAGGUCAUCAGAUUUACAUUUGUGUGAAGAGUACUAGAGCCUCACCUAUUAGAUUUGUUUGAGAGGACGGCCAGGAUCACAAGUCAUGGCAUAAUUUUGAAGUAAUAAAAGGGUGCGAAAAUUGUUUGGAG